GACGAGCCGAACCGUCUGUCAUCUGAAAUAAAACGAAGCCAAUUUCUUGCGAACCAGACUCUGUCAUCUCUUGUCAUGCCACAUCCGCCGUUCUUUUCCCGAAAAUCACGGACGGCAUGUGACGGAUCUGCGACGAGCAGCGCUUCAUUCAGCCGGGACGCCCCAACCGGCUGUGGUUUCAGGCACGCCGCACAUCACGUAUUACAACCCAUCCCAACUCGCGCGAAGAUCGCCAACAGAACCUGCUCUGAUGGGAAGAGUAUAGUAGCAAUCAGUAUAGCCAUUCAUUCCUUAAACCAACUACUUGCUCGGCUAGUCCGACCUUUCUUUAUAUUCGAUUUAAUUUGAAUACAACGACCGGGUGUCGUCUUUCGCUUCUCGACAUAAUAUAUAUAUAGCCAGUCUCUCGCUAUUACAGACGGCAAAAUGGUCCGCGUCAGCAUCUUCGCUACCUUCUCUUUCGUCCUCGCUGCCUUCGCGCUGAGCCCUAACAAUGCCGGCGCCCGCGACGUCGGCAACGGCCAGGGCGCGCAAUUCACCACGGGCGGCUGCAUCAAUGAUGCAGACUGCCAGUCUGCGUGCUGCGCUGGCGGCGCUGAGGCUGCCGAUGGCAGCGGUGCUGAAGUAGGCAUUUGCAGCGCCGAGGCCGCGUCUUUCCAGAAUGGUAAGACAGGCUGUGGAUUUGUCGAUCCGAAUGCGGAUGCUACACUUGCUGCUGCUCAGGCUCAGGUUGAGGAACAGGGUUUCUAAGGGGUUGCUUCUAUGAUUUAUUGAGGGGCGGGGUUGUGAGUGCAUGCGCUGUGAGAAGAAGGCGGGUUGUUGUGUUGUGAAAGGAAGCACCAGAAGAGAUGAGAGGCUCUGGAUACUGCUGGAGAUUAAUUAGAAUGUCUGGUAACUCCUCGAGGUUGUUUGAUCUUCAUAUAGAAUAACGAGAUCUAUCCAAACCCAACAAGCGAACCUGUCAAUUCACAAAAGAAAGUUCCAAUAAUCCGAUACCGCUUACUCAAUUUCCAGUGUCGCAGAUGUUUAUCAGCUAUUUCUUCUUGAGUUA